GCUGAGGUAGUUCCGGGACAAGAUGGCGGCGGGGCCGAGUUCGGAGCGGAAGGUGGUGCAGCAGGACGAGCUGCGGCGGCUCAUGCGGGAGAAGCAGCGACAAAGCGCCGGGAAGAAGCGAAUCGAGGCGCCGUUCGCUAAAUAUAAUCGUUUAGGGCACUUAAGCUGUACGUUGUGCAACACUCAGAUUAAGGGUGAACUUUUGUGGCAAACACACAUACUAGGGAAACAACACAAAGAGAAAAUUGCAGAGUUAAAAGGUGCUAAAGAGACAGUGCCUGGGCCUACAAUUAGCAUAUCAUCAUCUCAUCCUACCAAAAGAAAAGUUUCUGACACAGAAAACCAAGAAGUAAAGAGAACAAAAGGUUUAAAUGACCAGCCACAGACUUCUGCGUCUGGGCUACCCACAGAUUUUUUUGAUAAAGCAGAGCGUGCAGAUACAAAAGCACUGCCUUCAAAGGGUCCAGGUCCCAGUUUACUGACAGGAGAUUAUGAGGAGGAAGAGGAAGAAGACAAUACUAGCAAAUCACCCAGUGUGCAAAAAAAUGAAAUUCCACCCACAGCUCAAGAAACAGUAGCUAAUGCUCUACCAGCAGAUUUCUUUGACAACAAAACGACAGCUGCGCCCAUAGUCUCUCAUUCAGGGUCUAUUCAGAAAGCAGAAGUUCAAGAAAAGGUAGUGGAAAGGAAAGAAAACACUGCAGAAGCUUUACCAGAGGGAUUCUUUGAUGAUCCUGAGGUGGACGCAAGGGUGCGGAAGGUUGAUGCUCCGAAGGAUCAGCUGGACAAAGAGUGGGACGAAUUUCAGAAAGCGAUGCGACAAGUCAACACGAUUUCAGAAGCAAUAGUGGCAGAAGAGGAUGAGGAGGGACGUUUGGAUCGUCAGAUUGGAGAAAUUGAUGAGCAGAUUGAAUGUUACCGCCGUGUUGAGCUGCUGCGUAACCGCCAGGAUGUAAUGAAAGAUAAAUUUAAGGAAGCCAUGAGAUUAAGAGCAACCCAGGAGAAAGAGAAUGAGGAUAUUGGUAGUGAAGAUGAAGGAGAAUUGCAGGAUUUGCUGUCCCAAGAUUGGAGAGUGAAAGGGGCUUUGUUGUAGCAUUUCAGUGGCAUAUCAGUAUUCUGUUGAUCUGUGGUAUUACUUUUUAUCAGAAGACAUUUUUGUUAAAAUAUUUAUUUUUAAGAAGGAUCUUGCAGAUACUAUUGAGGUUAACUGUAAAAAAUAUGUCCGUAUCUCUGUAGGUCUAAAAUGGAGUAUUUUGUGUAAAGGUUGUACAUUGUAAAUGUUUUACAAGUUUAAAUAUAACUUUCCUAUUAAAAUUAUUAUUUCCUACUAAAAUUAUUUUAAUGAGCAAGUAAUUUUAUAGUCAACAUAGACUUCUGGAAGUGUAACAUAUACUAAGUCAGUGCUUUGAGUUGUCCUGUGCUGUAGUUCAUACCAGCCAGUGUAUAGUGUCCUUUCAGAUAGGAAACUCAGCUUUAUCAACUACGUUUCAGAAGUUACUAGUAAAAUGUAGCGUGUUGGUCGUCCAAUGUUUUACUCUUUCAUAUGUAAAUGACCUAAGAAUCCAGAAAUAUUGAGCAACAGAUUGUGGAGAAGUUGUAAUACUCUGCUCUCCUGCCAUGCUACAGUGGGCAUGCAUGUUGCAGAAGACUGUGCUGGACUCAAAUCUGUUUUCGUUAAUGCAGUUACAGACUGGAACGUGUGAAAACUCUUGAGCAGAGGGUUGAAAUGGGUAUGCAACUUUGAGCACUGCACUGGAAACCUAGGUGGCGUUGGAAGAAUAACUUCAAAAUAAACCUAAUUUAUUUUAGUUGUAAAUAUUGGAAGCUUUCAAGGGAGCCUUGGAAUUCUGUUUUCUUUCUCUCAAGUGUGCAAAUGGGUAAAUAACAUUUUAAAGUUAAGAACCAGUGAACAGGACAAAAUUGAGGUAACAUAAAAGAGGAGCAAAAAAUGUACUGAGAUUCAAUAUGUACUGGCUAAAUUAGAGCCAGAUUCUAUUUUUUAAAAAUCAUAUGCUCUUUGAGCUUUGCAAGCCCCCAAAGCCCUCAGAUUUACUGAGCUAGCUGGAACUUCUGAAAAUCUGUAUGGAUUUUUCAGUUCAGUCCCAAGAAGUAGAGUUUUGGAAAGACAGCUUUAUUUUUUUUACCUCAGGUUUUGGAAAAGGUUUUGUUUGGAAAUGUAUUACAAGGUUGGUUUGGAGAGGAAGAAAAAAAAGGAAUAGAAUAAUCUUACCACAAAAUUAAUUCGUCAGUCUGGGUACAGGUUGUAUCUACUGAUCAUCAUAGUGUUUUAUUAAGGGAAAAGAUGUUAUUGCUCACUAAAAGUAGAUGUCACUUUUGUAGCAUCUGUCACAAUGAACAUUCUGUGUGAGAACUGUUGCCAGAUUCUCUUGACUCUACUUUACUUCUCCUACUUUACAUAUUCCAGCCAUGUGUUAUAACAAAGUUGUGAAAAGUAAAAUUGAUACAGUGCUUAACAGAACAAUAGAUCACUGUGUUCUGACCACACAUACUGGCCUGCAUGCUUGAUAUUUUUUGCUCAAUUUUGUAAUAAUUACAAAAAACAAGCACAACCAAUAAUUCUAAAAAAAUUUCAAGUAUAACUUUGCAACUAAUGAUAUCUGUCAUUGGUAAUAUCCAGAAAUUUGGCAAAAAUGGUUUCCAAGUGUCACUAACUUAUAAACAGAAACAUUCAAAAACUAGAACAACAAAUCUUGAACAGCGUGGCAAGUUACUGAUUUUAACUGGCAAAGAAUAAACAUGGCAGUAUAUUACUACUUUGAAUUUCAGUAUUACUGGAUGCGUAUCAUACUGCAAUGAGUGAAAUAGUGAGAGUAGCUCCCCUCUUGUUUAGGAAUGAAAGUUCCUGCUCGGAAAGAUGGAAGUAAUGAGAAUGGUGGUUUAAUGACUGGCAGUCUUGCUAUUUUCUGUAAAAUUUUUCUUCAUUUUCCAUAAAUUCUGGGAAGUGUGUGAUGUACAAUUUUCCCACUGCAUACUCUUUCCCCCAACCUCCCCACUAGUCCACCAAGGAGAGCUGCACAGCCUCUUAAUUCUGAUAUUAGAGAAGGUGGGUGAGAUAAUAUCUUUAAUUGAACCAACUUCUGUUUGGUGAGAGACAUAAGCUUUUGAGCUUACAAGGAGCUCUUCUUCAGAUCUGGAAAACUUAAUCAGUGUGUCAGUUAAAUAUAAGGUGGAACAGAUUGAGCAUAAAUAGUUAACAAGGAUUUCAAGGGACCAUUGAAAGGUGUAACUAUUUAUGCUUAACAAUCUACUCCACCUUAUAUUUAACUGUGGUACUCUGAUUAAGGCCUGGUCUGCACUCCAGUUAGGUUGACAUAAGCUGCCUUGCGCUGGCCUAACUCUAAGUGUUUACUACACUAAAAUGUAGCUCCCACUGAUGUAACUCUCCCACUACAUCAAUUUAGGCAUUUUCUACACUACUACGGUAAGUCAACCGAAGUUACGCUACUCCAGCUACGUUAUUAAUGUAGCUGAAGAUGACGUAGCUUAGGUCAACUUACUGCAGCGUACACUGUGCUGCAUCAACGAAAGACACUCUCCUGUCAACUUAAUCAUCUUCUUGUGGAGAACCAGAGUUGACAGGGAGUGCUCUGUGGUCGAUUUAGUGGGUCUGCACUAGACCUGCCAAAUCAACCCCUGCUGCAUCAAUCACAGCAGCAUUGAUCCCUGGUAAGUGUAGAUAUGGCAUCAAUAACUGCACCUCCACGAGAGGCAUAGAGUUUAGGUCAAUGUAGUUAGGUUUAUGCAGUGUCAGUGUAGUCAUUGCAUUGCUUACACUGACUGUUACUGCCUUUCAGAAGCUGUGCCACAACGUCCCACAGUGACAGUUAAAUUACUGCAAGGGCUCCUAAUGAGGAUGUGCACCGCCAACACAAGAAGAGUAGUGUGGACAUGCAAAAGUGAUUUAAUUACUGCAGUGGCUGUACUUCAACAUAAUUUAGGUUUACUUGCCGUCGUUUUGUAGUGUAGACUUUCCCUAAGUUCUCCAGACCUGAAGAAGAGCUCUGUGUAGCUCAAAAGCUUGUCUCUCUUACCAACAGAUGUUGUUCCAAUAAAAGAUAUUACCUCCUCUCUGUAAUAUCCUGGAACUGACAUAGGUACAACACUGCAUAUUUCUAAUAUGUUAAUACUUACCAGAAGGAGGCUGAAGCCAGCACACCAGUUUCUGGUUGUCUUGUGUUUAGAGAACCAGAAACUUUUGUAUGGCCUGUUUAGUUCCCUCAGUGGGAUCUAGUAUGUUUCCAAGGACUGAUUUGAUUAAGGGCCAGAUUUGUCAUUGGUCUUAACAUUCUGAUCAGAGAAAGUGGAACAGACAUGGCUGAUUUUAAGAACAGAGUGUAUAAAGAAACAUGAAUGUACACUUCAUUUUUAUAACAAAUUAUUUUGCAUGUCUAACUUUAUAAUUUUGUGGUCUUCAGUUUUGUUUUUGUGCAUGUUUGAAGAAUAUUUCUUUACUGUAUGUAUGAGGAAUUGGGAAGGGAACUGAACAUUAAAAACAGUACAGCUGGCAAAGUC